ACUCGGAGUGUCGUCUCCUCAUUUUCCCCAGUCUAACGGCGUCGCGGAAGCCGGAGUGAAAUCCAUGAAGAAGCUGAUCGCCGGAUCAUUCACCUCCGGAUCGUUCGACGUCAACAAAUUUGGACAGUCGCUACUUCUCUUCCGCAACACCGCCGUAUCUGGUGGUCGUUCACCAGCUCAAGUCGUCUUCAAUCGCCCCAUGCGCGACUGCCUCCCAGCCCACCGCCGUUCGUUCGCUGCCGAGUGGCAGAAAGACGCCGACGCCCUCGAAAAAAGGGCAAGACGCGCGAAGGAGCUGAGGACAGAACAUUUCAAUCGCCGAGCACAUCCCUUACCGCCCCUCCAGGUCGGCAACGCAGUCCUGAUCCAGCACCCAAUCUCAAAAUGCUGGUCUACUCCCGGCGUCAUCACCGAAGUCGGACCGAAUCGUGACUAUUUAGUCAAAACUCCCGCUGGACGUGUGUUCCGGCGAAACCGGCGCUUCCUACGUCGUCGAGUUCCAGUAAUGCCUGCAGCCGUCACGCCGCCAACAGUACCCGCGACACCCGCCCCAGCCAUCCCUGGGCAAGCUGUCGUCCCGUGCCCAGCACCCGACCCCGCUCCAGUCAACCAAGGCGAAGAAGACCCCCCUCCGCGACGUUCAGCGCGGGUCCCGAAGCCAUCAUCAUUGUAUCCCCCUCAUACGUGGUCGAAAUAA